CCAAAAAAAAAGAGAACCCCCUCCAUUCUUCAACUCAAUCGCAAACAAAUAUUCUCAUUCCUCAAGCAUUUCUUGAACGACUGACAGCUCUGACAUGCAGGGCCAGCGUCAAGAAAGGCUAGUGUAAUUCAUCCCCUUAGCGCCUCCCCAGCUUGAUCGACAUUCUCUCGGACGUCAUUCUACCCGACGGGUGCGAGGUGAUCUGAUCUGAUCUGAUCCGAUUUCCCGAUCGCUUGCCUGCUGCCAACUCCGACUCGGAGGGAAAGGGCGUGGUUUGUGUUUCGUUUUCAUCACUACAACCCUUCCUCGACCACAUCAUCUCAAUUCGAUCAGAUAAAAGCCGAGAAAAUGGACCCAACCCUCGAUCCCCCACUCCCACCACCCCCGCGUCGCAUCCACCACCGCGCCUCGCCAACCCGCCGCCGCGAUCAUUACCAAAACAACCACAACCACCACUACCGCCUCACCGCCACCGCCACCGCGCGCUCCCGCUGCGACGACCGCUCCAGCCAACCCUCCAGCGACCCGGCCUUCUUCUCCAGCGACGAUGUCCCCGGCUCCGGCGGCUUGGAGAACUACACCGCGGGCUCGGCUGCAGGUGCAGGUGCAGGCGCAGGUGCAGCUACCCACACAGCACACCAGCAUCACCACCAUGCUUCCGGAGCCGGGGGCUUGGCGGGCACUCGGAAGCGCCGGUAUCGCGGGACGUGGUGGGGGGAGAAGAUGAUGUCGUCGGGCGGGCAUCAACCGCAAGGCCAGGAAGGGGCUAAGCGCAAUAAGAGGGUGGAUUGGAGGGAGAAGAGGUUGGUCGAUAGUGGGGUUUGGAUGGGGAGUGAUGAUUCCCUGGCCGGGGGGUUUUUGGGCUCCGAUGCGUCGUGGGGGGAGGAGGUUUGGGGGCAAUUUGUUGGGGAGGGGGAGGGGAAGGGGGAGGGGGUUGAUGGGAAGGGGAUUGGGAUUGGGAUUGGGAUUGGGAUUGGGAGGAGGGGGGAGGAGGGGGAGAGGAUGUUUGAUGAGCCCAGGGAGCAUCAGAUCGCGCGGGCGAUUGUGAAUGAUUGUCUGGAGAGGGGGGAUGAUAGUGUGGACUUGAGCGGCGGAAACCUCCGCAGCAUUCCGUCCGGCCUGCUUCGUCCGCUGCAGCACCUCACCAAACUCCCCGCCAUCAAGGAACCCCCCGUCACGGAAGACGUCUACACCUCGCUCGAGCCGUUCCUGCGGCUGUUCCUCGCCGGCAACGCCCUGCCCAAGCUGUGCGGCGAGCUCUUCGAGCUGGACACGCUGCGCGUCCUGAGCCUGCGCAACAACAAGCUCACCGAGAUCCCGGCCGCGAUCCGCCGCCUGACCAUGCUGCAGGAGGUCAAUCUGUCCGUCAACCGGCUGCGCAGCCUCCCCUGGGAGCUGCUGUGGUUGAUCCGCAAAGGCGACCUGAAGCAUCUCACCGUGCGGCCGAACCCGCUCCUACAGAUCGACGACGGAGCCCACGACCCCGAGGCCGCCGUGGCCGAGUGGCACGUCCCCCGCGAGGAGCUGCGGUCGUGCGUCUACGAGGGCCCCGCGCCCGAGCAAGCCUGGGCCCCCGUGCAUGUCGCCACCGGCCCCGUCCGCCGCUACAAUGCCGAAGGCGUGCUGCUGCUGCCGCCGGCCGGCAGCAGCUCGCAGCCUGUUGGAACAGCAAUGGAGCUCGAUGCCCCCAGCGACACCGACCCCGACCCCGACACCAACCCCCAAGACCGCCCAUGCCCAACACCCCUCCCUCCAGCUGCAUCGCGCGUCCCCUCCCUCCGCGAAGUCGCCCUCCUCUCGCUCACCCGCUCCCCGUCCUUCGAUCUCCUCUCGGACGCCGAGCUGGCCGGCUACCCGGCCUUGAUGCUGCGGCUGCUGCGCGACGCAAGGGAGGUGCGCGCCGCCGGCGGCCGCAGCUGCUCCGUGUGUCACCGCGGGUUCGUGCUCGCGCGCACCGAGUGGAUCGAGUGGUGGGACUGCAGCACGUACGAGAAUGGGUUGAAGGGCCCUCGGCCGUCCGGGGAGGGGCUUCGGCCGUUGCCCUUCCGGCGGUUGGGGUGUAGUUGGGGGUGUGUGCCGGGGGCUGAAAUCUGAGGGGGUGUGUGCGUGUGUGCUGAGAUCUCAGAUUUGAGGGGGAUUGCCGCUGCGGGGGGCUGUAUAUACCGUGCACGGUUCAAGGGUUUCUGUGAUGGCUUGGGGAGUGGCGGGGUGUAUGUAUUGUACAUUUUGUAUCAUCUAUGACAUAUACUUAGACCAUUAGCUGUCGGCUUACGGGGCAGGAUGCAGCGAGUUUGACUGAUGUGUUUGAGCCUGUUGUUUGUGUUUGUGGUUUGUUCAUUUGCAUGUUUGCAGGAUGUUUUAAUGUGGAUGUGGGUGUGGUUUCUUCUUGACCAGGGCUGAAAUGUAGUCACAUUCUACUGGUGGCGUGUAUUCUCCCGUCCCUUUCUGGGAUGGAUUGACGAAGAAAUGGAUAUUAGAUUCUAGAAAGUCAAGGGCGUCCGACUGUCUGGCGGGAAUAAAUCCCACGACCACGACCACGACUAUUUCCGCUCACGCUUAUAAUGCAG